AUGGCAAGUGGAGCACCGGGAAAUUUUAGAACAUGGACGCCAACACCACCAGAAAGAGGUUCGUUCCCUCUUGACCAUGAAGGGGAAUGCAGAGAGCAAAUGAUAAAGUACCUAAAGUGCAUGAAGUUUACCGAAAACAAGAAUGCUCCAAACUGCCGCAUAUUGGCUAAAGAUUACUUAAAGUGCAGGAUGGACAACCAGUUGAUGGAUAAUAGUGAUUGGGAUUCACUAGGGUUGGUAAACCUACCAGGGGAUAAAGAGACGACUCAUAAUGAACAGAAACCUGUUAACGAGAAGUCUGAGGUGAAGAAGUGA